GCUGUUGCGAAGGUAAACUAAGUUAUAGACAUAUAGUAACGCUUUUAAUCUCGAUUUAUUUGUUGUUUUAGCUGUGUUUCCAUUUAUAGGAGUUAGCAAUUUGAUAGAAAGCAUCAUGGAUGAGGGAGAUGCAACUCUCAGGCAGCAGUUUCAAGUUCUACAGGAACAACAGCAGAAGAAACUGAUGCGAAUGAAACAGAGACAAGAGGGCAAGGUGGCAAAGAAGGGUGCUUCCUCCAAAUCAGAAGAUGUCAAAGGUGGUGAAAAACAGUUGAAUGGAUUUGGAGUGCAGGAUGACUUGUGCUUGAAGCUUAGUGAUCCAGUAACAAAGAACACCAUGUUCCAGGAACACAUGAAUGAGGAAUUAUCUGAUAACAUUAGGGAGUUAAAAGAUGAGACUGGGCGGCUGUAUAAACUUCUCAGUGAAAGGGAUUAUGAAAUCAGGAAACUUAAAAAACAAAGGGAGCAGGACAGACUCGCUUUAGGAGGAGGUGGGGUUGCCAAUGAGAAUGCUGCCACAAGAAUUGUGGAGCUCUCCAAGAAAUCCAGAGAGUUGACAUCGGAGCUUGAGAGUGAGAAGACAAAAAACAGACAACUUACCCGGAAGGUCCGGGAUCUGGAGAUAGAGAUUAGUCGAGGUGCAGGUUCUAGUAAGCCAAGACCACCAAGCCCUACAGAAGAACAGGCUGCUGCGGUUCAGGCUGAGCUGAAGGCAAGUCAAGAUAAACUCAGCCAGGCCAAUGCCAAGAUGGGUGAAUACCGUACACAGAUAGCCAGCAUGAAACAGGAACUCAAAGUAUGUCACAAGGUCCUUAGCAAUGAGAUUGGAGACAAUGUAAACAUCCAGUCAUUGCUCAACCAGCCUAGCGGAUGGAAGGGUCGAGCUCAACAAAUACUAUUGCUUCAAAAGAAGGUUGAAAGGUUAAAGUCGCAAACCAAUCAGGUACAGAACAUGAGACCUGAUACAGAACUUAGCCUUGAGGAUCGUUUUAUGACCAUGGACAUCACCGGAGAUGGUCUUGGCAUGUCUCCCCUUUCUGCACCAGUACAGAGGACCAGUAAGCCAUCAAUUGAUGAGAAACAGAGAAACAGGGUCAGACAACUGGAGAAAGAAAAGAGAGAAGCCAAAGAACGAGUAAGUAAUGACCUGAAAGCCUUGGAAGAAGACCAUGCUAGGUUGAAGAACAAGAUGGAUGCCUGCAAAGCUCGUAACAAGGUUCUCUCGGAAGAAAUAAAAGGCCUCAAACAACAGGUAGCUAGAUGCAUGGAUAAAGGCAGACACGAUGAUGAACUCAUUGAGGCCCUAUUGAAACAACAGAGCCAGUUGAAGCAGUCAUUGGAUGAGUUAGGUAACAAAGAAAAGCAGAAUGUCGAGCACCAGGUACGUGAACACCACAACCUACAUCAACAUGCACAGAGGGAAGCAAAUGCCAUGGAGCAGCUCCGUAUCAUCGUCAUGGAGAAAGAGAAGAAGGUCAAGGCUUUAGAGGAGGAAAUUAUUGAGAUGAGAAGACAGAAACAGCAAAUAAAUGGUCUUGAUAGACCCCCUUCAAACCAGGGUUUCACUCUUGGUAACAGACCCCCAUCAAGCCAAGGCUUUGUCCUGAAUCCAGCAGCCACACCCAUCAACAGACCUUCAUCAUCAAACGGAAGGAAGACCCGUAUCAUCACCAAUACCUCACCAGCACCUCCUCCUUCAAGACAAGGAUCACGCACAUUAUCUCAGAUGAGUAAUCGUAGUGGUUCAAGGCAGAGUAUCGGAGAUGCAGACUUACCUCCCAGAGGCUCCCCAUUACGCUCUGUCCGCCCUGCAAGCACAGGGAGUCUGGCAUCAUCGUAUUCCCAUGAAGCAAUAGACUCUCUGAAGUUACAGUGCCAGGAGCUUCAGUCACUAAGCCAAGCAGCAGAUGUAGAGAGAGAGAAGCUUCUUGAAUUGGUUGCUGUUCUUCAGAAAAGACUCGAAGAGAGUGCAACAAAAGCAGCUGAUUCCCAGAACAACUUCCAUGAGCUGAAACAGAAGAAUGUUUGGUUAGAAAAACAACUUGGUAGAGCCAAAAUGGAAAGUGGAAAAGGUGGAAAAACAUCUUCAGCGCUCAUUAUGAAUAAAUCUUUAACAGGAUUACUAGGGGUGGAGGAGUUACUUAAGGAUGGCAUACCAAUCUCACAAGGCUCUAUUGACUCAUUACAGCAGAGACUUGCAAUCCAGGUUGAUGAGAAUGAUGCAUUAAAGAUUGCGCUACAGAGCACGCUCAAGGCCAAAGAAGAAGACCUUAAACUUUAUCAUCAGAUGAUGGAUCAGACUAAGAAGGUCUUUCUACAAGGACUCAGACAGUUUAGACAGACCAGUAGUACCCAACAGCAGUCUAGCUAACAUGAAUCCAUGAAUCCAACUUAAAGGGGUACACAAGGCUGAAUAUAAGCUGUAUAAAUAGAGCUUGAUUAAACAAACAAAAUAUUUAUUAGAAUCAGGCAAAAGAUAAUGAAGCUAUUGGAUUUCAAGAAUUUUAUUUAUUUCAGUGAAACAGUUCUAUGCACGUUGUUAUGCAUAUACAAUGAGUGAGCUGAUAAUCUCAUGCCCCUAGUCCUUUUAUUUUUAUUUUAUUAAUUCAAAUUUCAUUUCAUUUUUCUCUCACCUGCAUAGCAGAGUGAGACUUUAGGCGGUGCUUUUCCGGCGACAGCAGCCGCGUCAACAUCAAAUCUUAAUCAAAGGUUAAGUUUUUUAAUUGACAACAUAACUUAGAAAGUGUAUGAACAUAGUUCAUGAAACGUGGACAUUAGCUUAAUCAAGUAUUACUGAACAUCCUGCCUGAAUUUUAGGUCAACUGACCGAGGUCAAAGGUCAUUUAGGGUGAAUGAACUUAGACCGUGUUGGGGGAAUCAACAUCAAAAUCUUAACCUGAGGUUAAGUUUUUGAAAUGUCAUCAUAACUUCGAAAGUAAAUGGACCUAGUUCAUGAAACUUGGCCAUAAGCAUAAUCAAAUAUUACUGAACAUCCUGCCUGAAUCAAUGAAUUUUUGUCAAGUUGGGGGUAUUUGUUGAACUGCAUCAUAACUUUGAACCUUUAUGGAUCUGAUUCAUAUAACUUGGACAUAAGAGUAAUCAAGUAUCACUGAACAUCCUGUGCGAGUUUGAGGUCACAUGCCCAAAGUCCAAGGUCAUUUAAGGUCAAUGAACUUUGGCCAUGUUGGAGGUAAUCAGUAAAUUGCUGUCAACUUUCAAAGUUUAUGGAUAUAAUUUAUGAAAUGUAGACUUUGGGAUAAUCAAGUAUCACUGACAAGUCUUAGGUUAUGUGAUCAAGGUCAAAUGUCAUUUAGGGUCAAUGAACGUAGUAUUGUAUCAUUAUAUGAAUGGUGUUUUUUGUGAAUAAUUAUUUUAUUAUAAUAGUUUUUAAAGUCAGCACUGCUGCUAUAUUGAAUCGUGUAAUGCAGGUGAGACUGUCAGAGGUGCUUCAAUUGUCUCAUUAAUCAUCUCCUUUGUAAUAUAAAUGUGUGACAACAUUGAGGAUGUUAAGCAUUAGAUUUUCAGUAUAUCAAAUUUUCACAUUUUUUGAAUAAUUUAGAUUUUGUUAAUAAAAAAUAAAUAAAAUGAAGAAAAAGUAGGGAGACAUCACCAGCUUGUUCAUUACACAUCCAUGAUAACAUGCAUUGAAAUGUUAAGGUGGAAUUACUUCUUUUUUUUUAGUAGUUAUUCUUCAUAGAUUUUGAAUGGAUUUUCGCUGUUUUUCUUGUUUGAUUUUACUCUAACCUUUUAAGUCUUAUAUUUUCAGCCUGGGGUACCCUUUUAAUCAUUGUUUGCUUCUGCAGUGUUGGAUUAAUAUUCUUUUGUUUUGUGCAAUUUAAAGUGGCUUGGAUUUUUAAUUACAAUGUAUCUCUUUUUCUGUUGGUUUGAUUAAUACCUCAGCCAAACAAAGUUUAAAGAGGGUGCAAAUGAGUCAUGUGGUUAACAUGUUAAGGUGGAGUUAGUUUUUUAAGACUUAAAAGGUCCAUGCAUCUGUCCGUCCUUCCAUCAGUCUGUAGUAAAUCUUGCAGAUCAAGUUUCUUUCUCAUUUUUAGAUUAUGUACAUGUAAUUUAGCAGACACAUUGGUCUUACAAUGGAUAUGUGCAAGACUUGUUUUUCUUUGAUGCUUGUAAAACUGCGUUUCUAUGGUAAUAGCAAUAUAUAAUUUUUAGUGAUCAUUUAAGAACUGCUUGAAAGACUGACUUCAAACUGGGUUUAUAUUUGCAUGUAUAUAGGAAUGACAAUGAUCUGUAUUUUGGGGGAAUAGCUUGUUCUUGUUAUUAAUUUAAUCUCUAGAUUCUCUAGAUUAACAAUAUAAUUACAUGAAGAUUGAUUUCAUGGUUUUCUGAACUCAUUGAUUCUUAAUCUGCAAGGAAACAGACAAGCUUAUUUUUCAAGCAGUGUGAAUUGUACACCCUUUAAAUGCAAAUACAUAUCUGAAUGGAAAGCUCUUUCUUUGUAGUUUCAGGGCUGGAAUCUAACACAUAUCCAUUUUCUAAUGAUUUCUCUCCAAUAAUUGUAUACAUCUCACAUUCUUUAUAGAGCUAAUCCUCCAUUUUCCAUGUCAAUGCAAAUUCAUCAGUUGGUUUUCUUCCUUUUUCAUAAUUUUGAAUCAUGCCAGCUGGGCAUGUGAUCUUUGGAAUCCUCUAUUCUAGUUUUAUCAAUAUCCAAUUUCACACUUCAUCUUUUCACACCUUUCUGGCUAGACACAGUAAAAUUUCGAGAAUAUCAGUAUUGAUAUCAAACUUGAAAGUGUUCAAGCAUACUAGCUUUAAUCAGGACUCUUUUUAUGAAGUAUCCCCACCCCCUAUGACAGACAGUUUGUUGUGAAAAUGUAUACAGGUACCAGUAGCAAGUGUAAGGUUUCUUUGAGUUUAAUGGUAACAAGGAACAAUUGUUAUUAGUAUUGGCUGUGUUUUGGCGCUACUGGAAUUCUCUCUUUGUAUUUUGUUUACUUUUGCCUAGAAGGGGAUACCAUUGCACAGAGUCAAUAUUAUGAUGUCAAACAAUGGCUUUGGGAAUAAGAAUGUCUCAAUAACAUGAACACAGUAAGAAGAAAAGUGAAAGUUUGUGAAAACAAAUUUAUAACAUGAAACCUGUUUAAGAAAUAAGCUCAAUUUCACAUUCAGAAGAGGAAGGAAAGUUCAUGAUAACAAAUUUCUAGAUAUGAAGCUUGUUUAAUGAAAAUACUCAAGUGGAAAGAUUACUGAACAUUAAUAGUUGCCAUGGUAAUCCAAGUACCCUCAUCCUUUAACUUUUUUUAACAGUUUGACAAUGAUUCUCUUCUAAAAAUGUUUUCAAAGUAUAUGUAUUAAACUUUACCUUGUGUAUUUGGAACAUCCUUCAUUCGCCUUAAAAGCUCAUUUAGUAUCCAUCUCAUAUGGGAUAAAAGUACACCUGACCAACAAGAAAAUAUUAUGUGAAAGUUAUUUGAUAAUCAUAAUGGUGACUAGUAAAUAAUAAAUUUCAGCUUUCUAUAAAAAGAAUAUAUACUGAACUUUGCAUUAAAUACUAAAGAGAUUGAUUAUGGUAUCUAAUAAUUUUUUUUUUGGGGGGGAGGGUACGAUUUAUCUACAGAACAACAGAACCACAAACUGAUAAAGAAUGAUAUGAUUAAUAACUGUAAUUAGUCUGCCAUACGUAGGCCAUCAUUUAUUUUAACCUUGGUUUAUCCAAUCACUACUGAUGAUCAUAAUAUAAUUUCCCAGAUUUUGGCAUGUAUGAUUCUUCGACCUUGGUUAAUUUCCAGCUACUCAACCUUGUAUAUAUACAUGUUCAUCCAUUAUGGCAUUUGUGGUUGUACAUGCUUUAUUACUUUCACCACAAAGCUUUCUUUCAUUGCCUUUGUACAUAUUGUUUGUAUUAUUUUCUAUGUAAUGUUACAUAUGAUCAAGUAUGCUGAACAUAUUCCAGUGAAUACAUGACUAAACAUCA